CAAGGCCUAUGUUAAUCUGCGUGGAGAUUUCCAGUUUCCCUACUGCCAGUUUGCUUCUGCAGGUGGUUGGGAACAAACCACCAAAACUACUUUGGGCUACAACAAAUGGAAAAGGCGGAUCAAAGCCCAUCCUAAAGUUUGCACCAGUAUCAUGUCUUCCGUGAUGAACUUCUACGUCAACGGUGCUUGCCGAAGACUCGGCCGAUCAUAUACGAUCGGUGCCGCUGCAUGUGUGCUCGAGACAUUGAAUGACACUUGCGAAAUAAGAUCAAUGAAAUUAUCAUCGAAUCCAAUCCCAACUAAUCAUCGAGCCGAACUCAUGGCUAUUAUUAUGGCUCUUCGAUGGGCUGAGGAGGAGACCGAAAAAGGUUAUUUGGGCACACCACUCAAUGUUCAAAUUCGAUCCGACUCCAAACAUGCUGUCGAAUUCAUGACUAAGGAGAUCCAUGAAUUAAACGCCUCAGCUGACAACAUCGUCAACGGCGACUUGAUCCAGGAGGCGGCUGACCUCAUGGGUAGAAUUCAAGCAGAAGGUUCCGUGGAGUACAUCAUGAUUCCUCGAGAUGAAAACGAAUUGGCCUCUGAAAUCUGCCAAAACAAGCUUGCAGAUAUUCGACAGUCUUUGAUUAGCGACCCGACGCCGUUCAUCAAUGUUAUCAAUACUGCAAGGUUCAACUAGCAUUAGUCGAC